AUGAUCAACGCCGGCUUGACGGGAUCCCCAAUACAUGUCUACCGCUUCUCGUAUUGUCCUCCAGCUUCAACGACCUCGAGGCCCUCCUCAGCCUCCAUCCUCCCAAAACUGGAGAACAAGCUGUUCUUCAAGACUCAGCCAGGUCUGUCCAGCUACGCCGGCCGGUUGAUCGAUGCCGCUGAGUCACUCCGUCCACUCCUCCAGGCUGCCCUCAACGGCGUGCCGCUUGAACAGCGAUCCUGUACCCCGAUCUCCGUCAAGGCUACCGCCGGUCUUGGACUCCUUGGCGACAGCCAGAGUAAGGAAAUCCUCGACGAAGUCUCUCGCUGGCUCCGUGCAUCUUGGCCAUUCAAGCUAUCACCCUCCGCUGCCGUCUCGAUCAUGGAUGGCCGACGGCACAGCUGGCACCGACGAGGACGACCCCAACAACAUGGCCAACUGAAACGUCAAGCUCAAAGAGCUCUACCCCGCCAUUGCCUCCUCCGUCGUCCUCCCAAAACUCGGUCCUCAAACCAUUCCAACUCACGUUCACUCAAGGCUUCAUUGUCGGUCAACUCUCUUUUUUAG